UCGAAUUUUAAAAACUUGAUGUCUUGAGGCUACUAUCUACUAUCCAUAUUCUAAGACCGGCGUGGUCUUGACUUCUUGAGUUCUUGACUGAGUUACUGUUGAUUACUUGAUUAGUCGUCUAGUCGAUCCGUGUUUAAGUCGUUAUGUAGUAUUGUAGUAGUUGACGGUUAUAAAUCUUAGGUUUUAAGUUUUAGCUGUUGAUUAUUGGCCGUUGCCUUUUUCCAUUCAGUAUUCACGAAAUCUUUAUACAUUCUUAAAAAUCAGUUACAAUUUAAAUAGUUUCCAAAUUCUUGAGAUAUAUUCACGCAUGCGUCAAACUUAAAUCAUGUCUGAUAGUCAAUAUACUCAAAUUUUUAACAGAAAUUCUGUCAACGAUGUUGAUGAUUCAGACCUCAUUAAUAGUUAUGACAAACAAUAUGAAAAGGUGAAAAAGAAGGCCAAGGCAAAACUACCACCUAUUGAUUCAAUGUCUGAUCUGUGUUUAAACGAUGAAGAAAUCAGUGAAUCUAUUGUGAAAAACAAAUCAAAGAAAAAGGCUAACAAGAAUCAUCAAACUGAAUCAUCUAAUAGAUAUGAGGAUUCAGAAGUUCUUUUUCCUCCACCCCCACCACCACCAGACAGUAUAAAAAAUUUGCCUAAGACCGAGAGAGAAGCUCUCACAUCAAUGCUUAUGUCAUAUUAUAUGAGUGGAUUUCAUACAGGAUAUUAUCUUGGAAUGAAACAAAAUAAUUCUAAAAAUUGAUGUUACAUUAUUCAUUCCUAAUUACUGAAUUGGUGAACAUAUAUAUUAAAAGUGAAAAAAAUUUUGCUUGCAUCUGAUAACAUUUUUGAUAUUGUUUUGUAUUAUAUAAUUUAAAUAUGGUAAUAUGUACAACUGUAAUAAUAUAAUUUUUUCUUAUUAUAUUAAAUCUAUUGGAUUGCCAAAACCUUAUUGAUGAACUAAA